AUGAUUUCGGCAGAAAACAUGAUGCGCCAGCAACCGCUGCAGAGUAUAGAGACCACGGGGCUCCAUUCCAUUAACAACGACGAUACAUCAUCCAACCUACUGGAACAUGCGAUAAUAAUCUACAAGAGACCUCACUCCACUAUCCCAGAAACACCCCAAAAGAGCACCAGAAAGAAACGACCCCUAGACCUAACUCCAACGGGCGAUGAGAAGGACCAAUGCAUCCAAGUACAGUUACCCCUGAAAUUGGAACGAAGAGCCAAAAAACGACGAACAGAAUCAAUCCGUUCCGACGAAGAUACGCAGCGUGCAAGAAGCAUGCCAGGGAAUAUAGCUACGGGAGAGGAGCAUAUAUCACACGGGAGACCUUCGCCAGAAUCACCAAGUCGACUACUCGAAGUCGUUGUCGUGACGAAACUGAGACCUGUGCCCAGAGGGGCACCCCGUACAAUCGAGAGAAAAGGACAAUAUACUAUCAGAAAAGAAGUGCGUAUCGGAGACUAUAAGCUUCCUGGCCCUAAUCCGUGGCCACGUGCGUCUCUCCCAAACAGCCCAGAUUACCAAUGUCGUGACGGGUUCAACGAGAAAGAGGCGUCUCUAGGAUAUCCUCAGCCGAUGGCCGCCUUGAAAAGAACUAUCAUGCAUAAAGAAGCAGCACGUGAACACGGCAGACCACAUCUACAAAGAAGCCCAUCCCUGGGAGUUCUGAAUUCCGUAUGA